GUUAUUGCAGGGUGAUAUUCAAAGCCCAGCCCAUCGAUGUUGUAGGUUUUACUACAGCUUUUGUGAUGUCAUGGCAAAGGGCGGGGGGAGGAGGUGGGGGACAAUGGCUCAUGAGGGAAAGAAAAUGAGUACCGGGGGAAACUCCUGAACCAGCGCUGGACGCGAGGAGACAAGAUCAGCCGCUGCCGGCCCUCACUCAGACUGCAGAGUCGACCAAUCAAAAUGAGUUUGGAUACUGAUGACAAGCGCACUCGCACACGGUCCAAAGGAGGAAGAGUUCCCUCUGAGAUUGUUGGACAGGAGCUGAGCUGCCCUACACCAGGAUGCAAUGGCUCAGGCCAUAUCAGUGGCAAAUAUGCCCGACACAGAAGUGCUCUGAGUUGUCCAUUGGCCAGAAAAAGGCGGCUACAUGAAGCAGAAUCAGAGCAGCCUGCCUCCAAGAGGAAGUCCCACCCACUGAAGCUGGCAAUGGACGAAGGCUUCAACGCAGAGAGUGAGGGCAGUGGAGAGGAGACGGAGAUGAGGGAGGAAGAGGAGGAGGAUGAAGGAGCACAGCAGCAGGGUGGUGAGCUUGAGCAUGAAGUAGAAGAUACGCAAGCAAAAAGAAACACAGAGAACACUGAUACAGAGGAAGAUGAAGGUGAUGAAGAGGAGUGCAUCAUUAUUGAGGCCUCUAGCUCAGAGAAGCCUAAACUCUCAACCUCUGAAGAUCUCUCCAACUAUCAGCACAUAGUGGCCAACUCAAUGCUACACUUCAACAACUGUGGUACAUCACCCCAGCAGCAACAACAGCCCGCCACUGUGGAAACAGAAAAUGGUUGCCCUUUUACGGAAACAGAAGCGGAAGAAGAGAAAGAAGAAAAUAGAAGAGAAGAAACCGAGAACCAAGUAGACAUUCUGGCAUCCAAGGAGAAUGGAGUGAUGAGGAAUUCAGUUGAGAUGGAAGACAAGGAAGAGGACAUUCACACUGAGGACCCAAAAGAGACAGACCACCAGUAUUUCACUGAAGACAUGCACACACAACAAGACGAGGAUGACGAUGACGAUGAAGGACUGGGGUCUGAGAUGCAAAAGGAAGAGAUACUCAAGGAGGAAUACAAUGACGUUACAUCUGAAGAGGAAGGGGAAGGAGAAUCCCCCCCUACGGUUAUCACUGCCACUCAGGGAUCCCUUGUAAGGGAAGACUACGUUUCCCACAAAUCUACAUUGCCAGAAAACUACAGCUCCAGUAACCCCAGCAUGACUUCUCCUAUGGUCUUCGAAGUGCAGUCGGAGUCGUCGGAGAGGGAUGCCGACGUGGAUGGAAUCGAUGACGACGGGGACGAUGACAGUUUGUCACAGCGAUCGACAGUGGCGGACGAGUCAGAGAUGUAUGAUAUAAUGCGGGGGAACUUGGGGUUGCUGGAGCAGGCCAUUGCCUUGAAAGCCCAACAGGUCAAAGCUCAUCGUGAGCUUGCAUGCAUUCCCGAGCACCACCGUUUCUUUGCUCUGGACGACCGACCCAACAAACACUUGGAACAUCUCCGCAAAAGCUGCUUCGGAAAAGAGAGUUCUAGAUCAGAGAAAAGAGAGAUCAAAUGCCCAACCCCUGGGUGCGAUGGAACAGGUCACGUGACCGGACUCUAUCCCCACCACCGCAGUUUGUCAGGCUGCCCACACAAAGAUCGGAUCCCACCAGAGAUCUUGGCCAUGCAUGAGAAUGUCCUGAAGUGCCCAACGCCAGGCUGCACUGGUCAGGGUCAUGUCAACAGCAACCGUAACACACACCGCAGUUUGUCAGGAUGUCCCAUCGCUGCUGCCGAAAAGCUAUCCAAAAGUCAUGACAAGCAACACCUAGCUCAGCCCAUGGGUGAACAUCUCAAAGGCAGCCCUAACUCUGACCGUGUACUCAGGCCCAUGUGUUUUGUGAAGCAGUUGGAGAUUCCUCCGCCCGGCAGCUACAGGCCCAGCCUCAUCCCAGCCACACCACGCGCUAAUCUGGCCAAGGAGCUGGAAAAGUACUCCAAGGUUUCCUUUGAUUAUGCAAGCUUCGAUGUGCAGGUGUUCGGCAAGCGCAUGCUCGCCCCAAAGAUGCACACCAGCGAAACUUCACCUAAAGCCUUCAAAUCCAAACCUCCAUUCCCCAGGGCCUCCCCGCCAAGUCCCAGCAUGCACUCCGGAUAUGGAAAGAGUUCCUCCAGCAGUUAUGAUUAUUCCCACGAUGCUGAAGCGGCCCACAUGGCUGCCACUGCAAUCCUCAACCUGUCCACACGCUGCUGGGAGAGACCAGAGAACCUCAGCAUCAGACACCAGGAUAAGAGUAUGGAAAUAGAAGUAGACGAGAAUGGCACCUUGGACUUAAGCAUGAAGAAGCCAAUUAAGAGAGAAGUGGGCGUGUCUUGCACCAGUUCUGAAGUGCGCUCCCCCGAUCUUUCUUCAUCCUCUUCAUCAUCGUCCUUAUCUCUUCACCAUGGCAACAACAGCAUCUCGCCCCACUCUUUACAUCCCUACAAACAAGAGGAGUGGGAGGGGCCUCUGGACUACACCAAACCCAAUCGGCAGAGGGAGGAGGAGCUAGAAGAGAUGAACCACAGUGCUCAGUCAUUUGCCUCGUCUGACCCCGAAGAUUGCGACAUGAUACAGGAUGCCCUUGAAGACAGGAAGUACCCCGGAGAAGUCACAACCCCAAAUUUCAAAGUCAGGUUUCAGCCCAAGGACACCAAGAAAGAUCUCCUGCUGUGUCCCACUCCUGGGUGUGAUGGCAGUGGACACAUCACUGGAAACUAUGCAUCUCAUCGCAGCUUGUCUGGGUGUCCUCUUGCUGAUAAGAGUCUUCGGUCCCUCAUGGCAGCACACACAGCUGAACUCAAAUGUCCAACCCCAGGAUGUGAUGGUUCAGGGCAUAUCACGGGCAACUACGCGUCUCAUAGAAGUUUGUCUGGGUGUCCGCGGGCCAAGAAAGGUGGAAUAAAAACAACUCCCAUCAAGGACGACAAGGAGGACUCCGAGCUCUUAAAAUGCCCAGUGCCAGGUUGUGACAGCCUGGGUCAUAUCAGUGGGAAGUAUGCCACUCACCGCAGUGCAUAUGGAUGCCCGCUGGCGGCCAGGCAGCAGAAAGAGGGUUUGCUGAAUGGUUCUCCAUUCUCCUGGAAGGCGUUUAAGACAGAGGGUCCCACCUGCCCCACUCCAGGGUGUGAUGGAUCAGGACACGCCAACGGCAGCUUUCUCACCCACCGCAGUCUCUCAGGCUGCCCCAGAGCCUCCCUCAGUAAGAAGAAAGCCAAGUUCCCUGGUGAAGAGUAUCUCAGCACUAAGUUCAGAGCCAAUGACGUGUUAGACAAUGACGAAGACAUCAAGCAACUAAAUAAAGAAAUCAAUGAGCUCAAUGAAUCCAACAAUGAAAUGGAGGCAGAUAUGGUCAACCUUCAAACACAGAUCACAUCCAUGGAGAAAAACCUGAAGAACAUCGAGCAGGAGAACAAGAUAAUCGAAGAACAGAAUGAGGCUUUGUUUAUGGAGCUCUCUGGACUCAGUCAAGCCCUUAUACGCAGCCUGGCCAACAUCCGUCUGCCUCACAUGCAGGAGCCAAUCACAGAACAGAAUUUCGAGAGCUACGUGAGCACCCUAACUGACAUGUACACCAAUAAGGACUGCUACCAGAACCCAGAGAACAAGGCCCUUCUGGAGACCAUCAACAAGGCAGUGAAAGGCAUCAAGGUCUGAUUCAGCCGAAAGGCGUGGAAAAGAAACAGAGGCAUGAAGUAAUGGGAAGAGCAUAUAAAUGACACACAAAAAAGGGCAUUCAGGUUUUUUUUAACAACAAUCUAAGCCUUCAUCCCAGGGAGCAUUCUGUGACAAGUAAAAAAAAAAAAAUGAGGUAAAUAAUAUAUAUAUAUAUAUAAGGACCAAAAUCCGCAAAAGCUGCUGGAUUGGAAGGCGGAAGAUACCAGAUGGAAAUCCUUCAGUUUAUUUAUGAAGGGAGACACAACCCUUAUUUUCUUUAGAGUUUUUGUUGUCUUUACGUUCAUUCGGUGAGAACUUUGCAUUAAAGAAGAUGUUUUUGAAGAAGGAAAAGCUGGGAGUGAAGGAAAGAUUUCCAGAACUUCAUCCAGAAGGUGAGGCCAAGGCUUUGGGUGAAUUUGUGAGGACGCUGCUUUUCGAACAACAAAUGCAACGUUCAAGAUAAUGUGAUACCUGAUUAAUGCAAGGCAUCUGCAAAUCUAAUGUAAAGCCCUAGAAGAAAACAAUUACGCAGUGUUUCCUCGUCCUUCCUUCUUUUGCCAGAAGAAGACAUGAGUUUUGGGAAGAAAAGUUGGGGGAAUUGAGAGGAUGUACUACAAACAUGCACAUUUUCUCUCCUAUUUGGAAAUCGGCGUUCUACAAAGUGUGUGUUCAACCAUAUCCCAGCACUACAACGUCAUGUGGUUGAAUCUGUAAAUUUCACCUGUUGAACCACUACUUUCUUGAUCUCAGUGCAAAUGCCUCAAAAAAGCAGCCCUUUUAUUUAUUACAGUUUGUUCUUUUAUUUUAGAGCUAAAUACAGGAGCAUUUUAUUUGUAUUACUGGUAGGAUUAUUUACCAAAUGUAGUCAUAUCUAUUACUUAUGAACAAUGAGUUGCACUUCAUUUCAGUCAAUUCAACUCCAAAACAAGAUGUUGGAUUGUUACUGAUAUAUAAAUUAUACUAAAUUUGUCCAGACUCUAACUGUAAUUUAUUUAUAUUUUGUUAUAAUUUAAUUUUAACUGCGUUAUUUAUUUGAAUUCACCUAUUUAAAUACUCGCACUGGAAAAGUGCAGGCCUUCUGUUCAUAAAAGGUCAUGAAAAUGUGACAAGGAACGUGCCACAUCAAUAUUUGGAAAGAGAAAAGAAAAAUCGACCACUUAUUUUCAUUUCACAACAGAGUUUUAAAAAAAGACAAAGUGCAAAUAUUUUUAACCAACAAUGUUUUGAUAUGUUUUUUUUUUUUUUUGUACAUUCUCUCUCUUUCUCUCUCUCUAUCUUCCUACCUAUAUAUAUAUAUAUCUUUAUCUAUCGGUCUCUAUUCGCAUUUUAUUUUUUUGAAUUUCCAAAUUACAGCUGAAGGAGAAUUAUCAUCUCUAUUUAUUAUUUAUUUAAUAUUUAUGAAAUUAUGAACUGUGAUAUGGUUGUAAUGUAUAUUUAUUUUGUAACGUCUCUGUGUGUUUGUGAAGUCUUAGUAGUCUUGAAGAAAUUUUGGCGAUAUAAAAAUAAAGACAAAAAACAUGUUUGGAUGAGAGACUAAAAUAUGAUGAUUAUUAAGGGUUCUCCUUAUACCAGCAUUAAUUCUUAGAGGAAUGUAAAGAGAAAAAAGCAAUUCCAGUACUGUGGAACAUUGAGCUUUGACUCUUUCCUCAUCUGUCUCAACAGGAAGAGGAAGUUCAGUAAGAGGUUACAGAGUCUGGAACUGGAUCCUCUCGUGCUGACUGUUUUUUUGUUUUGUUUUUGUUUUUGUUUUUUUACCUCCUCAAGCUCUCUGUAGUGGCCAAAAAUGUGUCCCCAGAAUUGCAAGUGGAUUAUUUUUGCUCUCUUACUAAACUUAUUAUCUUUAAAGUCCUAUUGGACAAUGGGAAGUGGGUGGGCAUUUUUGCGGUGGGAGGGGUUAUGGGAGACAAAUAUCAACCAUCCUGAAAUAAACUCUUGAACCACAAUGUCCUUACUCAACUAGUAUCAGACGAGCAUACACCCGUGUAGCCUUACACUAGAUUUUUAGUUCUUCGAUGCACAAAGUGCCACUGACCUGUGCUUUCGUUACCGACUCCGCCCAUUCAGCACCCACACUACCCUCAGGUCAUGUGACCGUGGCAUAAGUGGGGAUUGUUACCGAUGCCUUUAUUCCUUUGCCAUGAUGGCCAUAUGUACACAAUAUAUUCAUUCUGUAUUUAAAAAAAAAAAAAGAAGAGAA